UAUUGCAAAAAAUGUAAAUAAAUAUGUGCCAUCUGCGCUAGCAUGAUUUCUCAAGAAUUGUGCAAAAUAUUGGUCUUGCUGGAUAGAAAAUGAUUGUGAAAAUUGUAAAAGUUGAGAGCUAAAGUGCGCUGCUCUAACCAUGGCAUCAUGGAACCCUUUGCGGAAGUCUUCGUUAACCCACAAGCCAGACCCUGCGCCCGGAAUCAUCGACAGGGUGGUUGAUAAGGAACUCGAGGACUUGUACGUCAAGCUUCAGAAGCUGGAAGACGCCAACAAGCGCAUCCUCAAGGAGAUAAAAAAGCUGACAGAUGGUGUGCAGAACCUGAGCAAGGCCGAGAACAAACUGGUCAACGACCUGUCCUCGUCAGCUGCGUGCCAAAAGAACGAAAAAUUCAGAGGUGUUGUCGAAGAGUACGCCACAGUCACCACUGAGAUGAGCAAAACGGUUCAAGAAACGGGCAAAGUGUAUCAGAAGACGGUGGUGGAUCCGAUGAAAAAGUACAACGGAGAGUUUUCGAAUGUCUCGUCCUUCAUUCACAAAAGAGACACCUCGAUUGCAGAUGCCCGAAAGCUGGAGAACAAAAUAAAAAAGCUGCAGGACAAGGAAAAGUCGACUGCCAACAUUGCCAAACAACAGAUGCUUAAAAAGUCUCUUGAGCAAGCCAUCGUUGAAGCUCAAACAACUCACAAAAGGCUGCUGGCUGAGCUUCAUACUUUCCAUGAGCUACGAGGCCAGUACUUGACCCCUUCCUUGCAGUCAAUUAUUCAAAACCAGACUGAAUACUAUGGGACGUCUCUGCGGUUGUUCACUCAUCUUGCUAACAUGUCAGCCGAUGGUGGAACAUUGGUAAAAACACCUCAGAAGAUGUCAGAGAAGAAGUCCGAGAUUGACAGGAAACUGAACGCCAUCCGAUCACUUGCCAUAGUCGGGGGUCCUGGUGCCCUAGCCCUAGGAUCGUCUGGGAUGUCUGGAUCGUCCAGCAGCUCCUGACAUUGGUUUCGAAAGUCACAAUUUAACUAAUUCUUAAGUAAAAAAAACACGCCAAUUAUAGCUUUCCACUUGAAAGACUGAUUCAUUUCUAAAUGUGUGUUUAAAAAAACAAGCCUUGCCUCUGAACAAAAUUAUAUGAAAUGUGCAAAUUAUAUUGGAGCAGCUUUUGCUAUUUGUCGAAUUAUUCAAACACUAUUUUUACUCAUGUUAAAACUUAAAAUUAGCUUCAUUUUACGCUACCAAGCUUUUAAUGUGCAAUAAAUUAUUCACAAUUAUUGUUGAUCAUCAAGGAAAAAAAUUCGUUAAAUUUUUUUA